UUACCAAAUUGUUUACCUCGUCAAAACAGUAAUAGAGAAUAAUUUUGAAGUGAAAUAAAUUUGUUUUUCGUAAUUUGUUAAUUGUUAUUUAAUUUGUUAAUUUUUAAAAUUUGAAAUGGAAGGUGAUAUCUACGAUAAUCAAGCUCUGGAAAAGGAGGAACAGGCACGGAAUCUAAUCGAUGAGUGUAAGCCGAUGGAUGCAGCUUUGAAGCCGCCAGACAAUAAGGAGCUGAACAUUGCUCUGGCAAUAAAUCCCACAGCUGAUGAAUUUGACAAUCCGCCAUGUUAUCUUCCACAACCUGGCGAUGAGCUUCCCUCUAAAGAUGCGCUCAAGCCGAUGGGACCCAUCGGUCCGUGGGCUACAGGAAAAGUGGAUUGGAGCCCAAUGGCUGGCCUAACAGGGACGCGGCCAGUUGUGGAUCGUUACUCAAUAACACGUUUUAGUCCAAAUGAAUGGCGAGCAAAAAACCAUGAUAUUUUACAAAAAACCAACGACAUCUUCGACAAAGCUACCAAAAAUCAGUACAGCUCGAAAACAGCUUUCAUGCGCAUUACUGCAAUGGUCGACAAAACGCAGGCGGAAACAACGAAAAACUUAACGCAACGGGCUCAAUUGGUGGGUAAAUGGAAGGUAACGCUCGAAACAGCUAUCAAAAAUAUGGCAGACGAAAUUAGUACAAUGGAGGAAGAACGAAUUCGUUUGAAAAAAUCUCUUGUUAUUUUAGGUGUUCCAGAAUCCAUAGCCAAAGAGUGCUUAGAAAAGCGUGCCGGCCGACCAGAUACUGAAUUAGUGAGAGAUUUGCCUGAAGAAGAGCUCAUCAACGAAUUGGCGCUUAUUGCGGAGAUCGGCCAACAGUUGAAAAAAACGCUCGAGGAUUUCGAGCAACAGCAAGUAGAAAAUCGCACAGCGCGUCAACGCCUUGAGUAUGAUUGGAGCGACAAAAAGGAAGCCUACGAAAUUGACACUACUAAUGUGAGUCUUAACAAUUUUUCGAAAACUAUAAUGUUUCGACCAGGCGCAAUACGCCAGCCAGCUGAACAAGCAUCCGAGCAGUAUUGGGAACAUUUUAGUAAGGAAACAUUAGAAGAAUGUGAGAAGUGCCGGCAAAAAUCUAUAAAACUACGUCAGACACUCAACUCUAUUUUAAUGAAUGCCGCACGUGAUAUACGCAAUCAGGCUGAUGUAGUAGAAGGUGUUCUUGUAGCGCGCAUCAACUGUACUCAAGAAAAUCUGAAACGAUUCGAAAAUGAAUUACGUGAUUGCCUUCAAAAGCUCGCCGACACCGAGACGCGCAUCACUCAACUGCAUGCCUCGGUGCGUAGUCUUGAUGCGGCAAUGAAGGUGGCUCAGACUCGUAUGGAUAAUCGCAGCUUCAGACCAAACGUCGAUAAUUGCCGUGACUUUGCACAACAGGAUCUCAUCGACGAGGUGGCAACAAUACAAAGCGGAGUCACGGCCUUGUUAUCCGAGUUGGACGCGGCAGAGAAUAUCAAAACUGGCCUUAUGCUAACACGGAGUACUUUGGAACGUGAAAUCAUGUUGAAGCGGCGUACAUUGUGGUUAGACCGAGACCGCUGCAUGCUACUACGCUCACACUAUCCAUCAGCUAGUGCAUUAAGUGGAUUUGCUAGCAUGUAAAUAUAAGUGUAUAAUCACAUUUACCUAUCGCUAAUAGCUUUGUAAAAGAACACUCAUGUCUAUCAUGCCUAUACUUAUACUACACUUGACAUAUUCUUUUGAAACCAUAAUAUAAUCUAAUUUCAAAUGUU